AUGUGUCAGGAAGUCCAUUUAAAAUGUUCAUAUUUGACUGUAUUUCUCUAUUUCUCCCCCCCCAAAACUGUCUUGAUUGAUAUCGAAUAAGACUACAAAUGCCAAAUUUUGUAAUACUUUGAGAAUGACUAAUAGAUCCAGAGAUUCUAAAAAGCCUUUAUGUGUCUGAAGUGACAAGUGCAGAGUAAUAGCCUAAUUGCUUUUUGUCUGAAAAAUAACAGUCAAACCACUAGUUUGUGCUUGCUUAGUUAAUGUGUGCUGAGAACUUUUAAGGUGUGUCCUGAAUGUAGAUGACUUUUUCCUUCUGAGAAGUCAUGUUUAUUUUCGAUAUUGUUCUGUUGAGUUUUCCAAAGGCUCUUGAUAGUGUUUUGGUUUUGUGUUUGUUUUGCUUUUUGUUUUUGAUCCUGAUCACCUUCCUCCCCCCACCAAAAAUAUAUUGCUGUCUUUUUAAAUGUUAUAUAAGCAUUCCAUUCAAGAGGCAGGGACUUAUUGAAAAAUUCACCCGUUAGGAGUUAAAAGACAAAUUUUGUAAUUGGAAUUGUUAGAGUGAAUAAUCUGCUUCUUUGGGAUUUUGGUUGUUCUGUGUGACUAGAAAGGUAACUCUUAGCCUUGAAUGCUAAUUUGCAUAAGGGAGGAGGACUUAGAGGAAGAGAUUAUGAGUUAUGGAGGAAGGACACAUAUUUGUCUCUAGCAUCCAACUUCUUGUAAUCCUUUUAUCUCCACAACACCUUCCUGACGCUUUGCAGUUUGACCUUUGCUGUUGGCCUUUUAAUAACUCCUGCGAUCGAAGUUUAGUGCUGACUCGUCUUGGGCUCUUAGUGUUGCCUUUCACUUCUUACUGAAAAAAGGAACUAAUCCACCACCUAGAUAAAAUUGGUGGGAACUAUUUUCUCUCCUUCGCUCUGAAAAAUCUCUUUAGGUUCAGCUUCAGCCCCCCACCCCCCCACUCUCCCCCCAGGUAGUAGGGGUGGAUGGAGGAGGGGUGAGGUUUUGCCCUUGCCUUUACUUUUAAGGUGGUUUUGCAUUCUCUUUGUAAUCUUCCAUUUUUGGCUGGAAGACCUUCAGGGAAGAAUAGGAGCCCCCAUUUCUCUUCCAGUGGACCUUUUAAAAGAGGGAAUCUGAAAAUAAUACUUGAUCAUCAAGUCACUUUCGAACUGAGGGAAUAAUUACGGCAUAUAAUGGCCUGGCAAUGACUCAGCCCCUCUAUCUCCUCAUUUCCCCUUUAACAACAUUGAUUAUAAAAUGGUAUGUUUCUGCCACAGCAGGGUUGCCAUUACCCAACCCUGGAGCACUCUUAAUUGUGAGAUGCUUGAUUAGGGCCUCAGGGGUCCCAAAAGAUGUGCUAUUUUCCCCCUUUACAAAAUUACAUUCUUUUCUCACAGUUGUCACAGACAUACCGGUUGAUAAGAACUUUGCAGUAGUACUAAAGACUCUUGACUGCGUGAAACAUACUCCCUGAAAAAAAGGUCUUCUUUUAUCUGAAUUUCUUCUGUAAGUAAAUGAUUGGACCCUUCUUGUGUUCGAUGAAGCUUACUUUCCAUUGGCUCAGAAAUUUUUCACUUCUGAAUUGUUCCAUCUCAUGCAUGGCUAUGGCAGGGAAAGCUUGUAUGUCAUGAUUUUUUUGAGCUUGCUGGCUAUGCCUUUUUUUGAAUGGUUCAUUCCUAAUUUCCCGUUUCAACUUAAUUCCAUAGCAGUAGCUUUAAUAAGUUGGAAAGGUGAAGCCAAAUUAACGGAGCAGUGGCUGUGUUUUCAAGCUGUAAAAUUAUACAGUAGAGAUGAAAAAUAUGAGGCACUCAGUUGUAGUAUUCCAAAUAGAAUAAAGUAAAUGUAGUGAGACCUGAAGUUAAAUUACUACAAUUGGAAUAUAUACAAUAGUUUUCCAAAUUACUGAGGAAUUGAAAAACAAAAACCUGGAAGGUGUAUAUUGAAUGGCUAUGGAUCCCAAAUUAAAGGAAUUCCAGUCAUAUUAAAUACUCUUAAACAGUACAGGGGUUAGUUACAGGAUGUAAAUUAAAUGAAUUUGGGACAAUAGAGGAGUCCUGAUUUGCACACCUCAUCUCUUGAUUUUGGGGGGGGGAGGAGCUUAAAGGCACAUGGAAGAAAGGAUAUAUUACACAAACAGCAGGAAAUUUCUUCAAUUCGGGUAGAGGAAGCCUGAUCAUUGACUGUAACUUCAAGGCCUCGUUUUGGAGGCAGGACAAAAAGUUUUCUGAAAUGCUGGCUUUUAGGAAGCAGGGCGAUCUGGAUUCUUUUUCUCCAACCAGUCAUCUAUUUAGUCAAAUUCGCAGUGGUAUCUGGGGCAAAGGUUUUUGAAUUUAGCCCAGGAAGGCAGAUAGAAAUCUGUCUUUAAGGAAGUGGAAGAGCAGGGACCAUUCCUUCCUCAAAUCCGCAGCUCACGGUGAGCCACCUCAAUUCUAGUACAAGUCCAUCCUCCAGAUAAAUCUAGGGGAAGCCCCCCUUUGCCAGCUGCCACCACAAAGUGUUCUUUUAUGUCCAACAUUGGGAUAGUCGUUAAAGAAGUUUACAUUGAACAUUUGUUGACGGACUGUCCUCAGCAUCCCCAUUGCUUCCUGCCCAGGGCAACAACAUAACUGAGUUACUGGAAAUUUGGGGCCGGUGUGGUAAUUUUAUGAUAAAGUUGAGAAAUAAAAUUACUAAACCUGUAAAGACAGCUGAGUGAGUUGUGUGAGAGCAGUAAUAUAAUCCCUUAGCCUUGGGUCUUAAGCUUUACUGAAGUUACUUUGAGGCCUACAUAUUCCUCUACAGUAUCUCAGAAGAGCUGUCUAGAGUCAGAUGUUUGUUUUUUUAAUAGGUUCAUGUCCUGUGUUGUGGAUUGCUGUUCAUUAGUUUCUACUGUGCCUGGAAACCUUUUUGAAUUUAAAAGAGCUCCAUGAACUGGAAAUAGAGCCUAGAUAUGCAUCAGUGUUAGGAGAAAUACUAUUCCUUUCUCCUACCUGUAUCAAAUCAGGAUAACUUCAAAAUAGGUCAGUUAUAACAGAAGGGGAACUUUUAAUAUGUGGAUAAGUUUGUCAGGCCAGUUCCAUAAAUUACUCAACAGGGAGUGUAUGCAUUAGUUGUAGUUUGAAACUCAACUCCUUUUUCUUAACGGGAACUCUUUUUUUUCCUUAAUUUUGAAAGCAAACAGAUGCCAUGAAAGAGCCAGGAUACAACUUAAUUUCCAUUGAACAACAGAUGGGGUUUUGGAAAUCCCUUGUCUCAAGGUUGCUGGAACUGAUUUCUUGCUCAACUGAGUCACUGAUUCAAUGGAGACAAAGGGAACUCAUGCUUUGUGCUGAUUCAUCAUUGAAGCAAAGCAUUGUGGGGGGAGUCUGGAUGCCUUCUUUGUGGAAAGACCAGUGACGUUCUCUAUCACCAAGCUCCUGAAAACUUCUCAAGAUAAGAAGUUAGAGGAAUAUAUACUUUCUUUUGAACUUUUAUAAUAAAUAUUUGCCCUGGUUUUGAAGCCCCGGGCUGCUGGAGGUGUGAGCGACAAGUCUUACAAGUGGCCUUAUUCCAACUCCAGAAAUUCCCUGGCAGAACUUAGAGAUUCUUAUUUUAUAUACAAUCCUAUAGUGACAGGAAACAUGCCAACUCAGUCCCUCUUAGUGUACAUGGACGGACCUGAAGUUAUUAGCAGUUCCCUUGGAACCCAGAUGGAGAUGGAUGAUGGCGUGUCCAUCAAAGGGACCACUGCUGUUCCAUUCAGAGCGACGCAUGAAAAAAAUAUAAUCCAGAUAGAAGGAUAUAUGCCUCUGGACUGCAUGUUUUGCAGUCAGACCUUUACACAUUCAGAAGAUCUCAACAAACAUGUCUUAGUACAACAUCGGCCUAUACUCUGUGAGCCUGCGGUUCUGCGCGUCGAAGCUGAAUAUCUUAGUCCUCUUGAUAAAAACCAAGUGAGGGCAGAACCCCCAAAGGACAAGAAUUGCCAAGAAAACGAAGACUUUAGCUGUGAAGUAUGCGGGCAGACAUUUAGGGUCGCUUUUGAUGUCGAGAUCCACAUGAAGAAACACAAGGACUCUUUCACGUAUGGAUGUAAUGUAUGUGGACGAAGAUUCAAAGAGCCGUGGUUUCUUAAAAAUCACAUGCGGACACACACCGGCAAGUCUGGAGCGAGAAACAAACUUCAACAAGGCCUGGAAAGUCCGGUAACCAUCAAUGAGGUGGUCCAGGAGCACGCAGCUGAAAGCAUCCCCUCUCCUUACAAAAUCUGCAUGGUCUGCGGCUUCUUCUUUCCAGAUAAAGAAAGUCUGAUUGAGCACAGCAAAGUGCACACCAAAGAAACUGUUUCUGGUACCAGUGAGACGCAGGCCAACUCUCGUCAAGAGGGAACACCGUCCCCCAGGGAAGAGUUCCUGCAGUUUUUAAACUUAAGACCAAAAUCCCACCCGGAAAACAUCAAGAAGCCAGCAAAAUGGAUACCUCAGCUUGACCCAUUCAACACCUACCAGGCUUGGCAGUUGGCCACCAAAGGGAAAGUCGCCAUUGGCCGAGGAGAAAUUAAGGAACCAGGGCAAGAAGGAAGUACUGACAAUGAUGAUUCGUGUUCAGAUAAAGAAGAACUUGGAGAAAUUUGGAGUGCAAAUAAAAGCCAUUCAGAAGGUUCUGGAAAGUCCAAGACAAAUAAAAACAGUUGUGCAGGCCUCUCACAAGAUAAAGAGAAGCCUCGACACGCGAACGGGGAAGUGCCUUCUGUGGACGCAGAUCCCAAACUAGCCCAUAACAAAGAGAAGCCCACACAUUGCUCUGAAUGUGGCAAAGCUUUCAGAACCUAUCACCAGCUGGUCUUACACUCAAGAGUACACAAGAAAGACAGGAGGACAGAUGCAGAGUCGCCCACCAUGUCCGUCGAUGGAAGGCAGCCGAGGACGUGUUCCCCAGACCUCGCCACCCCUCUGGAUGAAAAUGGAGCGAUGGAACGGGGAGAAGGUGGUUCUGAAGAUGGCUCUGAGGAUGGGCUUCCUGAAGGACUCCAUUUGGAUAAAAAUGAUGAUGGAGGGAAAAUAAAGCAUCUUACAUCCUCGAGAGAGUGUAGUUAUUGUGGAAAGUUUUUCCGUUCAAAUUAUUACCUCAAUAUUCAUCUCAGAACGCAUACAGGUGAAAAGCCGUACAAAUGUGAAUUCUGUGACUAUGCUGCAGCCCAGAAGACAUCUCUGCGGUAUCACUUGGAGAGACAUCACAAGGAUAAGCAGAUGGAGAUCGCCACCGAAGUCAAGAAUGACGGGAAGAAUCAGGACACAGAAGAUGCACUAUUAACUGCUGAGAGUGGGCAGACCAAAAAUUUGAAAAGAUUUUUUGAUGGAGCCAAAGAUGUCAAAGGCAGUCCACCUGCCAAGCAACUUAAGGAGAUGCCGUCUGCCUAUCAGAACGUUCUAGGCAGCGCUGUCCUCUCGCCAGCUCACAGAGAUACUCAGGAUUUCCGUAAAAAUGCAACCGACGACAGUGCUGACAAAAUGAACAAAAAUCCUACCCCUGCUUACCUGGACGUGUUAAAAAAGAGACCAGUGAUUGAACCUCAGGCAGACAACCUCCUCUGUAAACCGGAAGUGGAUGUUGCUCCUCACCCAGACGGCAGUGCCACCCACAGCAUGGAAGUCAGCCACAGAGAGAAGACGGUAGAGUCUUCCACCGACUGCAAACCCAAGCCCACCAUGGACUGUCAGGAAAAGCCUUUAAAUCUGUCCCUGGGGGCCCUUCACAACUGCCCAGCGAUUUCUUUGAGCAAAAGUUUAAUCCCAAGUAUCACCUGUCCCUUUUGUACCUUCAAGACAUUUUACCCAGAAGUUCUAAUGAUGCACCAGAGGCUGGAGCAUAAAUACAACCCCGACAUCCAUAAAAACUGUAGAAACAAGUCUCUGCUGAGGAGUAGACGCACGGGGUGCCCACCAGCUCUGCUAGGCAAGGACGUGCCUCCCUUGUCUAAUUUCCAUAAACCCAAGCCCAAGUCUGCCUUCCCCACGCAGGCAAAAUCCUUGCCAUCCGAGAAGGUGAAGCAGUGCCCUCUGGGGCCAGGCAAAGCUCCGCUGACCUCGGGGACAGACUCCAGCACUUUAGUCCCCAGUAACCUGAAGUCCCACAGGCCCCCACAGAGCACUGGAGGGCAAGGGGCUGCCCCCACCAAACAGCAGCAGCCUGAGGUGUUCCCUAAAACCAGCGUUUCUCCUGCACCAGACAAAACAAAGAGACCCGAGACAAAAUUGAAACCUCUGACGGCAGCCUCUCCCCAGUCCACCCUUGGCAGCAGUCAUGUCAAUGGCUCCGCUGACUACCCUGCUAAGAACGACAGCCCAUGGGCCGCUCAAGGAAGAGACUACUUCUCCAACCGGAGCAGCGCCAGUGCCAACGCGGAAUUUGGUGAGCCGCUUCCCAAAAGACUGAAACCAAGUGUGGUAACUCUUGAUGUUGACCAGCCUGGGCCCAAUUACCAUAGAAGAAACCACGACCUCCCCAAGUACCAUGUUGUCCGAGGAAUCUCCAGCCUGUUGCCUCAGGAGUGUGUCUGCCCACCGUCAUCAGUAUUGUCCCCCAAACCGAGGUUCCUGAGCUCGAGUGAGGUUGAUUCGCCAAAUGUGCUGACUAUUCAGAAGCCCUACGGCGGUUCUGGGCCACUUUACCCUUCUUGUGGACCUGCUAGUAGCCAGCCCUCCAGUGCAACGUUAGAAGGAAAAAGGCCUGUGUCGUAUCAACAUUUAUCCAACAGCAUGCUACAAAAGAGAAGCUAUGAGAAUUUUAUUGGGAAUGCACAUUAUCGACCAAAUGAUAAAAAAACUUGAUUUCCUGUUUUUGGGGGAAAAGGUCUUGAUGGAAGGAAGUGCGUACUCUCCACUGAAUUAGAUCAGCCCGCCCUUUGAGAAAGCGAAUGGUGAAAGCUACUGACAUAAGCUGUGAUUGUACUGUACAUACAAGGAGCACUACAGUUUUGUAAAGUUGUUCUCUUAGCUUUUGUACCAAAUAGCAAUAAAAACUAUAGUUGGAACAGUUGAAUUGUACACAAAUGGAGACCAGAAAUCUCUAUUUUGUCCCCGAAUAAUAUUUUUUUUAGAAUUGACCAAAUAGGAAGUGAUGUGUUUUUUUUUUUUUUUUUUGCAUACUUGAGAGAGAGCGCUGCUGAAAAGAAAUUGUCUGGGUUGGGGUGGGGCAGGGAGGAGGGGGAGGGGAGAAAGUCUAUAACGCUUGCACCUCAGGUAAAAAUCUGUACAUACAUAAGUUGGAAACCUGCUCGUUUAAAUACUGUAUGUAUUUUUUCCUCUAAAGUAGCUCAUCACUUUGAGCAGUCUCUUGCUAUUUGUGCUCUGUCAUUUCAAAUGUAUUUUUUUUUUUUAAUUCUCAAUGAAUUGUAUGAUGUUAAAUCCUCCCCAGUCUAUUGUUGUCUUAAUGGAAGUAUUGAUCCUCUAUCGAUACGUGCUGCAUGCGUUGAGAUCGGCCACUGUCCGUUUGGUGCCCUCUCGUUGCAGACUUCAGCAAGUCAGUUGGGAAAGACGACUCCUGUUUGUGGCUGCUGCGUAGCUUGUCGCGGGCCCACCGCGAUCCCGAGGGGCACGUUGGUGCGUGCAUUUCCCAGUGCGCGUGUUCACAGAGUCGCAUUUCCUCCGUGGAGCGGCCAGGUACUGAGUGAAUGUACCAAGCCCUAUGUGAGGUUAUUGGAAAUUUGUUUUUCUAACAAAUUAAUCAUUUCUGUUGGAAAAUUCCAAUUGGGGGGGCAUUUGCCUAAACUGAUGUGUAAAAAUCCUCACUGAAUUAUACAUGUGAACUCCAGACGUUGGGAAGCAAUUUGGAAGGAGAUGAAAGUGUUUUUGGUAAACCCUAGGUUUGUAUGUCAGAGUCUUGGUGUGUCUGGCAUCUGGGUUAACUGUGGACGUAUUAAAGUUAAUUGUAGACACGUUGAUCCUGAAUAAGGAACUGCUGGCUGAGCCUCCUGGGAAGGGAUGAUCUGUUUCCAGACGUCUGUCAUCUCCCUGCCGCUUCCCAUCCCGCGACCUAACAUUUCCCCCCCUCUUGGUUUUGAAGCAGCAGCGUUUUUCUCAGUGUACGUGCAACUUGGGUUUUAAAGGGAGGCUAGCCACCAGGUGGCUGACCGGAUAAUUUACAUGCUGGUUCCCUUAAAGUGCAGUCCCUGACUGCGUUUAUUUAGCAGUCUGUGGCUUGAGCAAUCACAAAAUCUUUCAUUGAGAAAUCAUCUCAAAAAUAAAUUUGCACUGUUAAUUUUUCUUGCCCUGCCCUUCUGCACAGAGCAAGAGUAUAAGACCUAAAAUAGCAAAACCUGGAAAGAAUUCCUGACUUUUUUUCAUUAUGCAACAUGAUGCAUCCUUGAUGUAAGUCUUAACUCCCGCGUUCAAGGGGGACCUAACCGGAGAUCAGCCCGUUGGCAUCACAGUGAAGUGCUUUGUAUCAGGAAAGUGGACACUAUUGGCCUUUUUCCUGUUCACAAGCUGAGCCAUAUGUACAUAAUCUAAAUUUUGUUUUCAUAGUUUUGCACUUUUAUAGCCUAUUUUUGAAGAUGAACACAUUUGCAAGAUGAUCUUUGCCUAAUUCAAUGAGUGUUACAGAAAGUUCGCUGUAACUGUAAAUGUAAAUCUUAAAAAGGGGGUAUGUGAUAAUAGAGGGCUGAAAUUUAAACCUGUAUUUAAAAAAAAAAACAAAA